GCGGCUCUCCGCUUCUCCUCUGCUCUCCUGACAGCUCUCCUGAUCCCGUUUAAAUAUUUUAUUGUGGCUUAGAUGUGACAGAAGAGGAUGGAGGGAGAAAGAGAGGGAGGGAGAAAGAGAGAGAGAGAGUCGACGUGAGCAUCAGACAUUAACGAGGGGUUUUUAAGGUCUGAUUUUUUUGUAAUCUGCAGUUCUCUGUGUCCUCGUAAAGGGCUUUUCCUCCGGCUGCUCCAGUAACCUUCACACACGUGGGGGAGGGAUGUGUGUGUGUGUGUGUGUGUGUGUGUGAGAGAGAGCGCGAGACAUCUCUUGCUCUGGAGAUCCCUAGUUGACUGUUAAAUGAUGUUUUAAUGUACCAGGACCUUCAGCAUUCUUCUGGGAAGAUUUUUUUUUUUCCUGGAUGCUUCAAUCGUCUUUUUUUUUUCCUCCCAGGAUUCCUGCUCAGGUGAUCGGAGCAAAGCACCACGUUGCCGUCCUCUCAGCUGUCUAAGACGUGGAACCCGAGGGAUUUUCUUUAAUGAAUCAGCCAUCGCCUCUCGACGCCAUGACGUACAAAGGUAAUCUCACGCUACCCAAGAUCCCAGAGUCGAACAUGGCUCUCAGCGUGCUGGGAGUUUUCCUGGGAUUGCUUCUGGAAGUUUCCGCUCACGGACCGUCCAGCGUUCCCAGGACUUCGUGGAGACACGAAGAGAUGAGCUUGGUGGAGUUUUCCGAGCCGGGUGUGUUUAACUACUCCACUCUGUUGCUGAACGAGGAGAGAGGAGCGCUGUACGUCGGGGCCAGAGAGGCCAUCUUUCAGCUUGACAUCAACAACGUGUCCGUCAAAAAUAACCAGGUGUUGUGGAAGGUUCCGAGUCCUGAUAAGACACGGUGCACUUUAAAAGGGAAAUCUGAAGAGACGGACUGUAGAAACUACAUCCAGGUUCUUCAGGUGCUGGAUGAAGAGCAUCUGUUCGUGUGUGGGACCCAUGCGUUUCAGCCUCUCUGCGAUUACCUGUCUUUAAAGGACUUCAUGCUGAUGGGAAAGAAGGACGACGGCAGAGGGAAGUGUCCGUACGACCCUACUCAGAGUUUUACCACGGUUAUGGUCGAUGGCGAGUUGUACUCGGGGACCUCGUACAACUUCCUGGGCAGCGAGCCGAUCAUCUCCAAGUUCUCACGACCUCACAGCCUGCUGCGGACAGAGUACUCCACCUCCUGGCUCAACGAGCCCAGGUUUGUGUUUGCAGACGUGAUCCGGGAAGGAAGCAACAGUCCGGACGGCGACGACGAUAAGAUCUACUACUUCUUCACGGAGGUCUCUGUGGAGUACGAGUUCUUCGGGAAGCUCCUGAUUCCCCGUAUCGCUCGUGUGUGCAAGGGCGACUUGGGCGGCCAGAGGACUCUGCAGAAGAAGUGGACGUCCUUCCUGAAGGCCAAGCUGGUUUGCUCCAUGCCUGAGCUCAAUUUUGUCUUCAAUGUCGUGCAUGACGUGUUCAUAGUUAAAACAUCUGACUGGAGAGAAACGGUCAUCUACGGUGUUUUCACUUCCCAGUGGGGAAACAUGGGCCUCUCUGCUGUGUGUGCGUAUAACAUGACCACAGUGGACGAGGUGUUCUCUAAAGGGAAGUACAUGCAGAAGGCCAUGAUGGAGCAAUCCCACACCAAGUGGGUCCAAUACAACGGCAUCACGCCUUCUCCCAGACCUGGAGCGUGCAUUACCAACCAGAACCGCAUGCAGAACAUCACCAACUCUCUGCUGCUGCCCGACAAGACGCUGCAGUUUGUGAAGGACCACCCGCUCAUGGCCGAACCCGUGCUGCCCAUCGGACAGGGGCCGCGCCUCACCACCAAAGACGUCAACUACACGCAGAUUGUCGUGGAGAGAGUCACCGCUCUCGACAACAGCGUCUACGAUGUUCUCUUCACCGCCACCGAUAAAGGGUUUGUACACAAAUCCGUGGUGUACGAAGGAGGCUCACACAUAAUCGAAGAGAUCCAGCUGCUGAAGAACUCCCAGCCAAUCAAAACACUGCUCCUCUCCACAAAAGAGGGCAGCUUCCUGUACGCAGGCUCGGACUCGGGGGUCAUCCAGUCUCCCACUGCGUUCUGCCACAAAUACGUGACCUGCGCAGACUGCGUUCUCGCCCGUGACCCGUACUGUGCCUGGGACACACACGCUGCUUCCUGUAUCAACAUCUUUCAGGAGCAGGAUAACAAACCGCCCAGGAAGUACGUUCAGAACCUGAAAGGGGAUGCAGACAAGUGUCCAUCAGCGAGACCACGAUCCAGCAUAAUAAACCAGCCCCAGCAGAUGGUGGUAAAGCCGGGCAGUUCGGCGGAGCUGGCAUGCACCGUGCGCUCCAACCUGGCACAGGUGUUUUGGAAGGUCAACGACAGCAUCCUGACCGAUUCGACUCACUUCCUGGUGAUGGGCGACUCUGCGCUGCUCAUCUACAGCGUGGCUCCACAGAACCAGGGCCACUACGAGUGCUGGACCGUCGAGUUCGCGGCCGGGAAGAACUUCACCCGGUUGCAGGCCUCCUACAUCCUCCGUCUGGAGAGUUCUGAAAUCUUGCCCAUGUCCUCGGUCGAGAUCAUCGACGUUCCCAAUCCCGAUCCGUCCACAUCACACACUACCACCACCACCACCACGGCAUCACGAGGUAAUAACGGCAACAGUAACACCGCAGGACCUUCACCACUAACGCCAUCUACCCGGUCCAGUGUUCCUCCGCCCCCACUAACCCGCCCCGCUACCACGGCUAACGUCCACGGCGUAAAAGCAGACACUAAACAUUACGUCCCUCCUCAAAGUAGCGAUUCAAAAAAUCAAGGACCUGAGAUCAAGGAUCCACAUGCAAAGUACCUCCAGUAUGACAACAGUAAAGCUCUGUUGUUCCUCUUCCUGCUUUUCUUCCUCCUGUUCCUGUGCGGCCUGGCGUACAACUGCUACAUGCAGUACCUUCCGGGUCCGUGUCUGAGGCUCCGCGCCGCCAUGCUCGGCUCGCAGAAGAAGCCGCAGCGCGAGUACGCUUCCUGCGAGGGGGGAUUAAUGGACGUGUUGCCAGAAAAACGUGACCCGUACGAACCACCACAUCAGAACGGAGCACUCCGAGACACAGGAUAUGAAACGGAAACGGAAUACGGAAACGGGAAAAUCCCAUCAAAUAGCUGUGAAGAGGAGAACAACGGAGCCCUGAAACAGGAACCGUUUGACGUUAAAUGCGAAUCGGAUUCGAUCAAGUACGCAGACGCUGAUGAAUCGUAACGGAACGGACGACUUUUCUCCGGCUCAUAUACCAACGUUUGGAUAGAUUUAUUCCCAAACAUCACAUACUGAAACGCAGCCACGUGUUUUUCUUUUUUCAUGUUCUUGCUGUCCUUUUUUUUUUUUUUUUUUUUUGACAAUCCGAUUUUUUGACAGCGUCGCUUUUUUGCAUAGAUCAUCAAGCAAAAAAUACAUCCACAUGAUUCCAAAUUGGAAACGUGGUUUACCAAAUUGGUAAGUUAACUCAAAGUUUUCCAAAUUGGAGUUUGUUUUUUUUCUUCUUUGAGAUGGGGGAAAUUUUCCUCUUUUUUUCCCCUCCUUUCACCUUCCCUACAAUGUUUGUUGCAUCGUUGCGUGUUCCUCUCAGGGACGUCGAUCCGACUUGGCCAGAUCUUUCCUGAUCAGCACAUGAAGGAAGGAUUGUUUAAAAAAAAUAAAACAGAAUUCCGGACAGAAUGCCGGGAGGAAAUUCCUUCCUCGUGGAUGUGGAAAUUAAGACUGUGAGUUAAGACUGAUGAUGAUGCAACAGUAUUUUUUUUCCCCCAAUGAAAAAAAAAAACUAAAGAAAGAAGCGUACAAUAAACUGUGAGCGUUCGGUUCAGUAAAACUGGUGUCCUGGUGAACAGGUUGGUGUUCCAGGCUCGGUUCUUGUUACCCUGUGGUUCUGUGGUUCUUAAUCCACUUCUGAUAUGUUGAUGUGGACGUUUUGGGUUCUUCUCGAACAGCCCUGAUCCUGGAGAAACCUCUCGAUCGGCACAAUACGCAGAAAUGUGUGACGUCAGGCUUCUGCAGAAAGAUUAUUAUUAUUAUCAUCAUUACUUAAGCAUCUAAAUGAGCUCAGUAGGAAUUUGGAGGG